AUGGCGCCGGCUCAAAAGACGUUCCUCAUCACCGGAGCCGGGCGGGGCAUCGGCCGGGGGCUAUCCCGGAUUCUUCUCCAAACCGGCCACCGGGUGUUUCUGCUGGACAGCAACAAGACAGAGCUGGACCACACGGCCGGACUGCUGGCGAAGUCGCACCAGCGGGGGAGAGAUUUCGACACGGCGCUGUGCGACCUCCGGCAGCCGCGGGAGAUGCAGGCGGCGGUCGAGCAUGCGGACAGGCUGUUUGCGAGCCGGCUGGACUGCCUGGUCAACAACGCGGCGUACACGGGCGGCGUGGGCGGCACGGCGCUGGCGGACAUGACGCUGGACGAGUGGAACAGGAGCAUCGAGACGAACCUCACGGCGCCGAUGCUCAUGACGCAGGCGUGUCUGGGGAUGCUGCGCGCGGCCCGGGGCUGCGUGGUGCACGUGUCGUCGACGCGGGCCGUCAUGAGCGAGCCGGACAACGAGGCCUACUCGACGACCAAGGCCGGGCUGCUGGGCAUGGCGCAGAGCAUGGCGGUGUCGCUGGCGAGGGACGGCGUGCGCGUCAGCGCGGUGCUGCCGGGCUGGAUCCACGUCGGGGACGAGUGCAAGGAGGCGGACGAGAAGGGCGUGCGGUGGGAGGACGGGCUGGGCGAGGCGGAUAUGCGGUGGCAGCUUACGGGGAGGGUUGGCAAGGUGGAGGAUGUUGCGAAGGCGGUGGUUUACUUGGUGGAAAAUGAGGGCGUGACGGGGGUUGAGAUGGUGGUGGAUGGGGGAGUGACGCGCAAGAUGGUGUAUCCUGAGUGA